GAUAUCAACAUGGCAGAGUGGGAUCUGACGACAGUAAUUGGAUCGUAUUUAGAUCGCCAUCUGGUCUUCCCUCUCUUAGAGUUUUUGUCAGUAAAAAAGAUUUACAAUGAAGAUGAACUUCUAUGUGGCAAAUUGGACCUGCUUAAUAACACCAAUAUGGUUGAUUUUGCUAUGGAUGUACAUCGGAACCUAUAUCCCGAUCAAGACAUUCCCCAGGAACUUCAUGACAAAAGAAGCCAAGUUGUGAACCAACUUCAGAAGCUGCAGUCUGAAACUGAACCUAUCUUCAAAAUUGGUUUUGAUCCAGAGGUGUCCAGGCAGAUGCAGACCACUAGAGACAGUCGCCAGCUUGUGGAGUUUCUCAUGAAGAAUUAUGAUUUUAAGCCUUCAAUGAUUGAUACCCUCUACACCUUUGCAAAAUUUCAAUUUGAAUGUGGAGAUUACUCUCGUGCUGCUGUAAAUCUAUAUUUUCAUCGAGCACUGGUACCAGGAACAGACAAAAACUUUUUAAAUGGACUCUGGGGUAAACUUGCAGCAGAGAUCUUGAUGCAGAAUUGGGAAACUGCUUUAGAGGAUCUAAACAAAUUGAAGGAAUAUAUUGAUGGAAAUGCUUUCGGUUCUCCCUUACAAUCUCUUCAGCAGAGAACUUGGUUAAUUCACUGGAGUCUCUUUGUGUUUUUCAACCACACAAAAGGAAGAGAUUUGAUCAUUGAUAUGUUCCUUUUCCAACCUCAAUAUCUUAAUGCUAUUCAGACAGUUUGUCCACACAUAUUAAGAUAUUUGACUACUGCAGUCAUCACUAACAAACAGCGACGAACAGCCAUGAAGGAACUGGUCAAGGUUAUCCAGCAGGAAAGUUACACCUAUAGAGACCCAAUCACAGAGUUUGUAGAAUGUCUUUAUGUGAACUUUGACUUUGAUGGAGCACAGAGAAAAUUACGAGAAUGUGAAACUGUUUUAGACAACGACUUCUUUCUGGUUGCUUGUUUAGAUGACUUUAUUGAAAAUGCUCGACUUUUCAUUUUUGAGACUUUCUGCCGUAUUCAUGAGUGCAUUUCCAUUGAUAUGUUGGCCCAGAAACUAAACAUGACACCAGAAGAAGCAGAAAGAUGGAUUGUAAAUUUAAUCCGAAAUGCUCGGUUGGAUGCAAAGAUUGAUUCGAAAUUGGGCCAUGUGGUUAUGGGUACUCAAGCAAUAUCGCCUUAUCAACAACUUAUAGAGAAGACAAAGGCCCUGUCUUUCCGAACGCAGAUUCUAGCAAUGAACAUUGAAAAGAAAAUCAAUGCCAACAAUCCAGAAAGGAUUCAACAGUGGGGAGCCCAGGACUUUUAGCAAAGAAUAAAUUAGCAGCUGAUUCUAAGGAAUACAAACUGUUAAGCAAAUUGAAUUGUAAAACAACAAAUUUGGCAGAUGUAUUGUUUAUAAUAAAAAGAAUGUGUUCUCAAA